AUGAACGCCAAGCGCCACGCACUCGACAAGCCCACGCAAGCCAUCCUCGUGGCCUGCCUUCUCACUGGAUUGCUGCUGUCUAGUUUGGACACGUCUAUUGUUUCGACGUCGCUGAUUACGAUAUCCCACGACCUGAGCGACUUUGUGAAUGCGCCAUGGAUCAUUCUGGCGUACCUCCUUACCUACAUGGGUUUUGCCGUGUUUGUGUCUAGGCUGAGUGAUGUCUAUGGGCGCAAGACAAUUGUCAUGUUCUCGUGGACCCUGUUUGUAGCCUUUUCGCUAGGCUGCGCUUCUGCACAGUCCAUGAUGAGUCUAAUUAUUUGUCGUGCUUUCCAAGGGAUUGGCGCAUCCGGUCUCUACAGCCUUACCCAAAUCAGCAUUCUCGAAGUUGGCCCGGCGCACCGUCCCAGCUUAAUAGGUGCUAUGAUCGGCGCCACGCUUGCUGUAGCGUUUGUGCUGGGCCCGAUUGUCGGCGGGACAGUAUCGCAGCUAUCAAGUUGGCGAUGGCUCUUUAACAUGAACAUCCCCGUUGGACUAGUCGUCAUGCUGAUCCUCGCCAAUUUUUGGCCGCACGAUGACGCACCCCAUAUACUCUCUUUGUCGGCACUUAGAAGCAUAGAUUUCCUUGGAAGUAUCGCGCUGCUUCUGGGCUCUGGUCUUCUUGUGUUUGCCAUGCAGCAGGCGGGAUCGUGGACAAUGUCGUGGGCAGACCCAGUGAUUAUAUCCAGCCUAGUCUUGUCCUGUGUAAGCUGGGCCGCCUUUGUAUAUCGCCAGAUGAGGUUGGGUUCAAAUCGCAAAUCGACGAUUGAGCCAAUAUUUCCGGUCCGGCUCAUGUCCUGCCGAGUAUACCUGUCUGGUUUGCUUGUCACUUUUCUUACCGGCUUUUCUUACAUUGCUCUCUGUGUCGAGCUCCCAGAGCGUUUCCAAAUCAUUUACUCUCAGAAUUCACUGAUUGCUGGCGUACAUGUUCUUCCGCUGCUCGCCGCAUGCGCAUUUGGGUCUUUUCUUGGCGGUGCUAUAUCCAGCAAGUCCAACAAGACCUCUUAUACCCUCAUUGCGGCGUCCCUGCUGCAGCUCCUCGGGGUUAGCCUACUCUCACUCUCGUCCUCUGAGAUCCUCCCUUCACAGUCACAGUACGUAUUUCAGGCCAUAUUUGGUCUAGGCGUUGGUCUUAGCCUUUCAGCAUCCACCAUCAUCACAAGCCUGGUCGCGACAGGGGACCAUGAGCGUGCCGCCGCCCAGGGAGCCGUUGCUCAAGCACGCGUUCUAGGCGGAUGUCUCGGACUAUCCACCUGCACAAUUAUCUACAACAGCAGACUCGGGAGCUUCCUCAGUGACACUCUUACCUCUGAGCAACUUUCUGAGCUGCGGCGGUUCCCGGUCUCCGAGACGAGACUGCCGACUUCCAUACUGGAACUUGUGCAGACUAUCCAUGCCGUUGCAUACACGGAAGAAUUCAAGGUCAUGGCAAUGGUCUGUAUACCAAUGGUAGCAAUCUCAUUAUUCACGUUGGAAUCGUCGCCCGCCUCACUGGCUCUGUUGGGCGGACCAAAGCGAGCAGAGCUGCCGUUGUCGGGUAGAUAA